AUGAAUACCUAUACAGUCCUUCUUCUCGUUACCAUCGCUUCUACCGCUGCUCUUGGACUGGAAGUUGACAGCAAAGCUGCUUCAAGGCAGGUCAACUGCGAGUGUCAGUGCUCCAACAUCGAGUUUAGAGAUAAAUACGGGAAACUAAACGGAAACUGUAAAUCUGCGGAUACAACUGGAGCUCUCUGGUGCUAUGUAGAUAAUAGAUUUAACAGAUGUUCUGAUCUCUCAACUUCUCAGAGGUUUGGAAAAUUUUGGUCCUAUGAGGCCUGUGCCACACCAGAACUAGGUUCUCCUCUUUGCUACAGCGGAGGUUACAAUGGAGGAUUCUCUGGCUCCAAUGGAGGCUUCAACGGUGGCUACAAUGGUGGUUUCUCUGGCUCCAAUGGAGGCUUCAACGGGGGCUACAAUGGUGGUUUCUCUGGCUCCAAUGGAGGCUUCAACGGUGGCUACAAUGGUGGUUUCUCUGGCUCCAAUGGAGGCUUCAACGGUGGCUACAAUGGAGGUUUCUCUGGCUCCAACGGAGGUUUCGGAUCCAAUGGAGGAUAUAGGUCUAACAAGAAAACUGUUGAAACUAAGGGGUCUGUCCAGCUUUCUUAA